UCUCACUAAUAGGAUACUAAACCCUCCGUCGCACCACUUUUCCACUUUCCAACGGAGGAAUCUGGUUUUGUUCCCUUGCUUUUUUGUUUUUACAUUUUUCAGGAUGGCAAAGCUGUUUUCAGUUCUUGGCGUCCUUUGGAUGGCCACCGCCUUAUUUGUUUUUGCUACAGGAGAAGAUCCUCCUUCAGAUGGAUCCACACCUGCAGCAGAUACCGCAACACCACCAGCCACACCUGGGGAUGAAACCCCACCUGUCACUGACGGAACCCCAGCAACCGGAGAGACUCAACCAACUGAAGGAACCCCAGCAACCGGAGAGACUCCACCAACUGAAGGAACCCCAGCAACCGGAGAGACUCAACCAACUGAAGGAAGCCCAGCAACCGGAGAGACUCAACCAACUGAAGGAAGCCCAGCAACCGGAGAAACGGACAAACCUGAGACUGACAAACCACCAGUGACAGAAAAACCAAGUCCCUGCAAUCCAAACCCAUGCGGAGGAGGAAGCACCUGUGAGCCUCGUGCUGAUGACUUCGUGUGUCUCUGUCUACCGGGCGAUUCCUACAUUGACAAUCUUUGUCAGAAGGCUAAAGUUUUCCCCGGACAAGUGGACGUGCCAGGUUUGACAUAUGUUGAAGAGCUGAAAGACAAGACAUCAACCGCAUUUAAAACAGAGUCUGAGAAAAUUAUUGCUAAAAUGGAUAAAGCUUUUGAAGGUAAUACUGACUACAUUGGAUGUGUAGUGGUGGAAUUUAGGCAAAAGCAAACGAGAAUGACUCGAGCUGGUGACGCUGAAGCAGUCGUAGAUCUGAGUUUCAAAUCAGACUCAGAUGUCACGGGAAAGGAUGUUGAAAAUUCAAUUAACACCUGUGAAGACUGUGGGGUUGACUUUGUUGCCACCGACUUGUGUGAAAGAAAUUCUUGUGACGUAGACUCUACCAAGUGCACCGCCUCAGAGGGAUCUUUCUCCUGCGUUUGCCAAGAUGGCUACAUAAAAUCAGGUUAUACAGAGAGACUCUGUUUGGCAUGUCCUUCUGGGCAAAAAGCUGUGGAUUCUGAGUCCUGUGACGAUUGCACUUUUGGUUACAGUGGCUUCAACUGUUCAGAAAAUUGGCAGCUGAUCCUGGUAAUUGUGGGCGCCGUUCUCGGAGUGCUGACGCUCAGCUUCCUCAUCGCUCUCAUUGUUGUAUCAGUAAAAUCACCAAAGAAAAAAUCCAAGAAGAAGAGUAAAGAAGCUGAAGAUGUGAAGCCGUACAUCAGUCACUUUUCAACCAAGGCACCAGUUGGUGGAAACAGCGUAAAGAAUGAUUACACAUCUCAGACAAAUGCGCCCGCUGGGGUUCCGCGGAUCCCGCGGGCCACAACCACCAUGGACAACAGGAACAACAUGGAGAUGAUGCCAGGCAACAGCCGGCAAAACCUGAUCUCUUCAAACUCGUGGCUAAACGAGGACCAGGAUAGCGGGUACUCAUACUCCCGACCCAACAACUACGCUCAGAAUCGACCUCAGAGCAACCCCUACAACCAGAACCGAGCUCAGUACAACCCAUACGCUCAGAACCAAGGCCACUCCAACCCUUACUACAAAGACUGAGAUGCAAGAAGGUUAAAGAAAAGCAGAAUCCCAGCAGCUGCUUGUAAAUAGAACAUGUAAUGAAUAAAAAAGAGCCCUAUUGUAUCACAUUC